AAGCUUGACAGCUUGAGACCAGCACGCAUCAACCCGCUUCCUCCUCACCUACCCCCAUGUCGACCAACCCCAACACCGCGCUCGCCGAGGCCCAGUUCGCCUCGCUGUCGGACAAGACGGCGUCCGACUUCCGCCAGCAGGGCACGACGUCGGUCGACGACGAGAGCGGCGUGACGGACGGCGGCCUCGGCGAGUUCCAGAAGUUUGGCGCGGGCGUCGAGGUCGGACGGACGGGAGCGAGCGGUGGUGGCGACAACAUGAACAUCCCUCCCGAGCAGGGCGGCAACGCGCGUACCGAGGGCUCGCACGCGUCGCACUUUGACGGCGUCCCGGCCGGCGAGGACAAGGACUCGUGGCUCGCCAAGACGCAGCCGGGCCAGAUCAACCAGAGCGGCAGGUCGAACGAGACGGCGGGCACGAUCGACGCGCCCAAGGACGGCAAGCCUCAGCUCGAGGAGCAGUGAGCGGUGCCGCACGAGCGAGGGGGGCAGCCCGAACAGUACAUAGCAUGACGUCGCAAUGCAGCAAAAGCAGUGUCCCGCAGCCUCUC